CCACCAAGCCUCCUGCCUGCCUCAUCGAGAACAGGCAAAGAAAAUAUUAAGAACGAGGUCGCCAAUAGGCGAUUGAUCUCCCGAAGCUUUUUUUCUGUGAGACAAUAAAGCAAACACAUAGCAUACAUUAGUGGUGCUACUAAACAAACGUACACUUGACAGAGAAUUCUUCCCAGUUGCUCUUAUUAUCUCGCUCAACUUAACAUGCAAAGCCUAAGAAACUCUGUUUUGAGUUAUGUGAGACUUAGGGUCUCUAUGAAAGAAUGGUUCCAUGCUGAACAUGUGAAUGCACUGAGCAGGCUGAGCCGACAACUGUGCACAUCUACUGCUACCAGCCCUGAUCAUAUAAUGGCUCGAGUGAUUGGGCUGGUUAAAAAAUAUGACAAGAUUGAUGCCACUAAGGUUACUGAAACAGCCGAUUUCCAGAAGGACUUGUGCCUCGACAGCUUGGACAGGGUGGAGCUUGUCAUGGCUUUUGAGGAAGAAUUCUCCAUUGAGAUCCCUGAUGAGAAAGCAGAUAAGCUUAGUUGCUGUGCUGAUGUUGCUAAAUACAUCAUUGCUGGAGCUGAGCAGAAGAUUGUGGAGAAUAUUUGAUUGAGUUAUUUUAUCUUCUUGGAUUCCGUUUGUAGUUUUGGCUUGAGGUCAUAUUCAAGGAUCCUUUUGAAUGCUUUCUUCUAGGAUAUUUAUAAUAUUAAAGUUUUGUGCUUUAAAUU